AUGGCAAAAUGUGGCACAACUGCUGAGUACAUGUAUGGAACAUAUCCAACAAAAACAUUUCCAAAUCACUAUUCAAUUGCAACCGGUUUAUAUCCGGAAAGUCAUGGUAUUGUGGAUAAUGUCAUUUAUGAUAAUCAAUUUAAAACAAACUUUAUUGAUAUACGAAAGACUAAUGAAGCACAAUAUUUUAAUGGUAUACCGAUUUGGAAUGUACUUGGACAACAAAAUAUCACGACAGCUUGCCUAUUUUGGCCUGCAUGUGACUCAUUGGUCAAUGGUACAGUAUUAUUUUUGGUUUUUUCUUUUAAAAUCUAA